AUGCGUGUUCCAUUCUCUGCCAACUUCCUGGACGACCCAGAGUUCCGGCAGGGUCGCCAUCGACACGUGGUGCGAGGUGACAAGAGUCUCGGCCCCAUUGUGUCCAGCAUUUUGCUGUUCGUCAAGCCCCACGAGCUGAAAGACGAAUUGAACCAAAAAUUCCAGGAGAAACACGCGUGGUGGCUGCAGGACCCGUCGCUCUCAUUGAGUAAACUUAGACAUCUCAAGCGAGAGGCGCUCAUGUGCAGCCAGCGUCUGAAUCUGGAGGUCGCGACUGUCGCUCUUGCCUGUGUUCUCUUUGAGAAACUCGUACUGCAGCAUUACGUCACUAAAGUCAACCGCAAGCUCUACAUGGCCGUGUGUUUCCUCCUAGCUGUCAAGUUCAACGAACCCUGCGCCUCCGACGAGCGCAAACGCGUCAUUCGGGAGUUUCUGGAGGACAUCGACCGAGCCCACGCGUUGCCAUCGCGUGAUGUUCUCACAGCGGAAUUUACAGUCUACGCGCAACUUUCCUUCAAUCUUCACGUUCCAAUUGCUGAAGUUCAUCCUCAUUUUGUUCGAUUGCUCAAGCUCAUCGAGAGUAACCCACGCAAGUAUCUGGAUGACGACGUCUUCACGUCUUACUCGGCCCUGCUAGCGAUGGAGGAGCAGGCGGAGAAUCUUGGCAUGGUGCUGUCGGAUCGUUUAGAUGGUUUUGAUGGGACUACAGAUGGGGAAGCAAGAUUGAGCGAUGAAGAAGACGACGCUGGUGGCGAGCAACGUGGAAGAAAGCGAAAAAACUCUGGAGAAAGAGGCAAGAGUAGCUCUAGCGAUCCAUCCGUGUCUCCUUGGCACAAUGUUUCAUUCACUCAAUGGUGGAGAAAGCGACGCAGUCCAAGAGAGCGACCUGAAUCGUCAUCUACUACCAUGUGA